AUGAAGGAUGCACUCAAGCGACGAUUUACCGUGCACAAGCCCCAGUUCACCUCGGACGUCGUAGAUGCGUUCGAGAAAAUCAAAUCCUUUUCUCGAGGAGGAUAUCUCUUAAAAAUCGAACGCGUGCCAGAGAAGGAGACGAGCAGCGACCACGGUGGCCAGGAGGCGAGCCUUGUGGUCAAGUGGCGCGCUCCCAUCGAUCACCCCACCUCUGACUGGAUCGGCAUAUGGCCCAUGGGGAGCAGCAGGGCCGUCCGGAAACUGGGUCGAAUGAUGCAGGGGUCUGAUGAGACCCCCACUCGGUCGCACACCAGCCAGCCCGUGGCGGGCAAGUGUUGGGCCUUUGUGCCCAAGGGCAGGAAGGGAAUCGUUACAUUCUCGGGAGAUAAGCUACCAGCGUGGGAAGGCCGAUUCCGUAUCAACUACGUGCUCGAGGGUGAUCCUUGGUCGGAGCAAACGAUUGCCCUUCAAGGACCCGAGUUCAACAUUGUUGACGACAAGUGCGCGCCAUGCCCGCGUCAAGAACUCAAGGGCAGCUCUGGAGGAGGGCCACUGAGUCCUCGGACCGGUGGUAUGACGUUCAGCCUUUCGUACGAGGCGCCAACCGCCGUAGACGAAGAAGAGAAGCAGCGAGCGUGGCGAGAGGAUUGGCUGGCGUCGGUGGAGGAAGCUGACCAAGCUCGGUUGCUCGAGUGGGAGGCCAAGCGAUUACCGUGCCAGAAGGGCGGGCAAACGCUCGCGGAGGUGACGUUCAAGGUGCCCCAGCAGAUUCGAUCUCUGCGAAGUCGCAACGACUCGUCAUCGGACUCAGACUCGGAAGCGGAGGAAGAGGAACGGGAGGACGAAGAGGGCAGCGGCAGCCGACAGGUGACGUGGAAGGAGAAGGAGCGGACGCUGACGAUGAAGAGCGAGGACGGGCGAGGAGUGAUCGAGGGCUGGAAAAAGAACUCGCGAGGCGGCAAGAAGGAGCUUCGGCGAUCGACGUCGGACAACGAGCCCGGUAUCGACGCCGAGGCACCGCGGCUGCAAUCGUCGGCGUCGUUCAGCCCCGUGGUGUCCAUUAUCGACAUCGACGGCACCGAGACGGUGGUGAAGGCCCCGAAGGAGAAGCAGGAGCGGCGGCGAGGGGGAUCCCUGCGCAGGAAGAAGCCGGAGGCGACCAUCGCCCUCACCCACUCGUCACCCUCAUCGAUCCCCGUGCUCCACCUGAGCCCGACGCCAUUCGCCGAGGCCUCGCAUUCGCUCGAGUCACUCACGCUGUCGCCCUCUUUCAGCCCGGUAUCUUCCGCGGCCUCCUCUCCCGCCGCGCGACCCGCCGUCUUCUGCGAAGAGUCGCCGCCAGCCGACCUCCUCGGCGAGAAGAAAUUCAAGUCUUCGAUCAAGUCGGCGAAGAAGAAGAAGAAGAAGAAGGAGAGCGCGAUCAGGUCGCCCAAGGGGUCCAAGGUGGCCAAGGCCUCCGACGACGCCAAGCAGCAACAGCAACAGCCGACGCACACGACCACCACCACCACCACGAGCAGCGGCGCUACUACCAGUGGCAGCGAUGUGGUAGUGCGACCAGCUCCGGGGCCAUCGGUGGAGAGCGAUGAGCCACGAAGCGAGCGGAGUCGCGGCGCGACGACGAUGGAGCGGGCGAAGACGAAAGCCACGGCGGAUGAGCUGAAGCAAAAGAAGAAGUGGCAGGAACAGAAGAAGGACGGUCAAGUAGAGGAGGAGCUCAUCACGAUGCAGCGAGGUGAACACCGCGACCUAUUUGGAGUGACGGAGCGCUACCAGAUCGAGAUGGGCAGAGUGACCUUCUCGGAGGAGUUCAUCUUCUACUUCCUCAUCUUCGCCCUCGUCGUCUUCCUCAUCUUCCACAACGCCUUCCACGAACUGCGACUGGUCCUCAUCGGCCACAAGUGA